AUGACAUCUUUCUCAAAUUUUGAUGAGAAAACUUCGCUAAUAAAUUAAUGUGUUAAGACUUUGCAAGUAGAAAGUUUAAUUUUUAUAAUUUUAGAUAGCUCCAUCUAGAAGAACAUAAAGUGAUUUAACUCUACUGUUACAAUUGGUUGAAGCUAUUACUUUUUUUAAAAAUCUUUAAUCUCAAAAUCCUGACAUAGUCCUGAAAUGUAUGUCAGUACUAAGUUAUAAGACAGUAAAAAAAGAAGAAGUAAAAAAUAUAAUUUAUAAUUUUUUUAGAUAUUGUUUCAUGUUGGAGAUUAAGGAUCAUUAUUUUACAUAAUUCUUAAAGGAUCUGUCGGAGUUUUUAUAUUAUUACCAAGUCCUGAGGAUUCCAAAAAAUUUGAAUUAAAGGAGGUGAAUGUAUUAAAAGCUGGAAAUAGUUUUGGAGAAUUGGCUCUGUUGAAUGAUAAUGCAAAACGAACAGCAACAAUAAUAGCAAAAGAAGAUUGUAUGCUUGCAGUUAUGGAGAAACAUCAUUUUAAAACAAUUUUAGGGGCUUAAGAAUAAUAAAAAGUUUAAGAUAGGAUAUCAUUUUUAUGCUCUGUAAUAAUGAGAUUUUAUUAUUCUUAAUUAUAGUUUCCAUUUCUAUAAUCGUGGUCAUUUAGAGAAAUAAAAACUAUUAGUUAUCAUUUUGAACCAAUUUAAGUAACAUUAAAUUAAGCAGUCAUCAAAUAGAAUGAUUACUGCUCCAAUUUUUAUAUAGUGAGAGAAGGGUACAAUAUCAAUUAUGUUAUUUAGAAAGUAAUUUCGAAGUAACAUAUACAUUAAAUGAUUCACACAAAUUAAAAGGAGUAUUCUCAAAUCACAGCAUGUUAAUUUUAUAAAUAAAUAUAGAUGUGUAUUAGGACCAGGAGAGUUUUUUGGAGAAGAAGCAUUUUUAAUGGAUGAUGGAAAGACUUUUAUAUUAAAACUCUUUAAUAUCUUUUCGGUAAGAUGGUCAAGAGUUAAAUGUUCUAUUAUUUGUAGAAGUCAGUGUGGUUAAAUAUUAAGAAUAAGUAGAGAAGACAUAAUUAAGUAUUUCAACUUUUUAAUUAUAAAAGGAGGUUUUGGGAUGAAAAAACACAAUCUGUUUUUAUAUCAUUAUUAUAAUCCAUUCAUCAAUUUAGAUUGAAUAAGAUGAGAUAUUAUGAAUAAAUGGCAGAUGAUAAAUUAAAAUAACUUAAUGGUUAGGAAGGGUUUGAUUAAUUUGUUAAACCUAUUUUUAAAGUAAAAGUCAAAAAUAAUUGUGCCUUAAUAAGAAAAGAAACUUAAAUGGAAAAAACUGAUGCAGUAUUUGAUUUAAUUUUAUAAUAUAUAGGAAUAUUAAUUUUAUAAAAAAUAGGAGAAAAAAGCCUUUGAAUAGUUUAAGAAAUUAUUUAAGGAUAGAAAUUGUUCUUAUGCUUAAGUUAAAACAUUUUUUGAUUAAAAGACUAUAGGAUCAUAAAAUUAUAUUGAUAGAGAUACUUAUUUUAAAUUGUUUUUUAGAUUUCCUUCAUAAUUAAAGAAUAGUGAGAUCUCUUAAAAUUUAAGUUAAUAGCAACCAAGUACUGCAAGAACUCAUUAUAGAUUAACUACAUAACCUAAGGAAGAGCAUGAAAGAAGUGCUCAUUUUUCAACAAAAUAAAGAACACAACUUAUUUUGUAGAAGCUUAAAUUAAGUGAAGUAAUGCCAAAAAGCAAGACUUUUCAUAGUAGUAACAGUCCUUUAAGUAUUCAAAGACUUGAACUAAAAAGAUUUGGGACUUAGAGUUACUUAUAAAUGAAAUGA